AUGGCUGCAUCAGCGUUGGCUCUACCGUUCCAGCCUCUCGUGGUAUCAGCUGUUCACACUGGAAUGAUGGAGGUAGCAUUUGCGAAACGAGCCUUAGAGGAUCCAGAUUUGAAAAUGGCUCAUGAUGUACACAAGAUGUCUUCGUUAUUGGGCGGAGCAUUGUUCAUAGCUGAUGAUAUUUUCCCUGAAACACCAUUCAUUCACGCCGGUUGGCAUCUCGCCGCAGCCAUUGGCGUUGGAACUUGCAAUAAGCUUCUUCAGUAAUCCACAUUACCAAAUAUAUUGAGUGAUUGUGGAACUGCCACAUUCUUGGUUUAGUGAGACCACUAGUACGUGUGGUUUCACUAAGCUCAUAAAUCAGCCGACAUAACUAGUAGUAGUCAUCUCUAUCUUUAAUCAGUGUAAGGAACCGAAACAAGUCACACCUAUUGUAAUAUUAGGACAAAAAACUAUUGUUUUCCCUCUGUC